AUGUCGGGGUUUUUUAGCAACAAUGCUGGCGGAUUUGGGUCCACGGGCUUUGGAACAUCCAACAACACCCCAGCAUCUCAACCGUCAAUCUUUGGAGGAAAUCAAACAACAACAACGUCAGGAGGGUUCGGGUCGGGUGGGUUUGGGAGUGGAGCUUCAACAUUUGGCGCAGCCAAGCCGGCUACAACCUUUGGUGCUCAGCCAGCGACGAGCAAUGCGAGCGCGUUUGGAUCAAACAAUUCGAAUACCACAGGAGGCGGCUUCGGGGGAUUUGGGAGCGGAGGCAAUACGAGCACAGGAUUCGGCGGCGGCGGCGGCGGAGGACUUUUUGGAUCCACAGCAAAGCCAGCAUCAACGGGCUUUGGAGGCUUUGGAGGUGCUGCUACUACUGGCGCAUUUGGGAACAAUGCUGGCAGUUCAGGCAAUCCAUUCUCUUCCGGCUCGGCCACCACUCCUGCGUUUGGCGCCUCAAACAAUGCUGUAACCAGCAACACGGGUACUGGCUCGGCUCCAUUCCAGCCCUGGACCGAGCGGGAGCCAAGCGGGAGCGUGGUGUCUCACUAUCAGUCAAUCACAUUCCAGGAGCCAUACAAAAACAAGAGCUUCGAGGAACUUCGAGUCGAAGACUACUUACAAGGUCGAAAGGUUGGGAAUUCCAAUGGUCAGGCUGGUCAAUUUGGCCAGAACACCGGCUUUGGUGGCACCGCAAAUGCUUCUACAUUUGGCAACAACACUGCUUCCACUCCAUCUACAGGCUUAUUCGGAGGUGCUCCUGCGGCCAAUACCAAUACGUUUGGUGGCUUUGGUGGUAACAACAACACUACAGCAACUACCGGGGCGUUCGGAAGUAACGCGGGCGGUGGGCUUUUCGGUAAUGCCAACAAGCCAUCAACGGGUGGCCUUUUCGGUUCUUCAGCAGCUCCAUCGACAAACGCCUUUGGGGGAGGGGGAACUUCGGGAAGCACGGGUGGCAUCUUUGGUGGGGGAUCAGGCUCUGCGUUCGGGAAUACCGCUGCCGCAAACAACACUGGGUCGCUUUUUGGAAACAACAAUUCAACGCAGAAUAAGCCUGCAUUCGGCGGUGGAUUCGGAAACAGCGGUGCAGCUUCUAACCCCUUUGGUACCAACAACAACACCAACAACACUACAAACACCGGCUCGUUGUUCGGAAACACGGGCAACAACACGAAUAACACUGGAGGCGGGCUGUUCGGUGGUGGUGGCGGUGGUAGUGGUGGUGCUUCCCAGCCGUCCAGUAAUCCCUUUGGAGCUUCUACCACAAACAACAACGCUGGUUCACUCUUUGGCGCUGCGAAGCCUGCAACAGGAGGCUUGUUCGGCUCAUCGACUGCCAAUACAGGGGGAUCUCUCUUUGGAGGAGGCUCUGGAACCCAGCCUAGCCAACCACAACAAACCACAAGUCUGUUUGGCGCUUCAACUGGAAACAACAAUAACAACAAUAACACCGGCAGCCUUUUUGGCUCCAAUCAACCAAAGCCAUCCGGAUCACUCUUUGGAGGAAAUACAAAUACGGGAGGAACGGGACUUUUCGGUGGCAACWAUAAUCAACAACCGUCCAACACCAACAGUCUGUUUGGGGGAACCAACAACUCUGGAGGCCUAUUUGGAAACUCCCAGAACAAGCCAGCAACAGGUUCACUUUUUGGUGGCCAGACCAAUUCCAGCACGAGCUUAUUUGGUGCGAACAACAACCAGCCGUCUCAACCCGGAGGUGRUGGCAGCCUCUUCGGCAGUUUGGGAGGGAACAAUCAGAAUCAACAACCGAACAACAACUCGAUGUUCGGAUCUUCGUUCAACCAGAGCACCAACGCGAACCAGCCCAACCAGCUUCAUGCAAACUUGACCAUCUCACCUUACGGCAACGAUCAACUCUUCUCGUCCCUGGCAACAGCCUCCACUCCUGUUGGACCUCUCGCCACACCCCUUGCAGGAGCAAAGCCCACUCCUUCCAAGACACAAAGCUUGCUUUCCAGCACCCGCAUGAACUCGCCCAUCUACACACCCAGAGCGAGCGUGGUCGGCCGCAACCCAGGCUACGGAUUCAGCUACUCUACAUAUGGCACUCCUGGUUCUGCUUACUCCGUCAGCGUUACUCCACAAGCCAGCAGCCUGCUGAAGCCAACGGGCAGUCUCGGUAGUGCUCUCACCAGCAGACUUGCCAAGAGCAUGUCCAUGAACWACCUACGAACAAGCGAUAGCAGCUCUCGAGAAGGGGAAAGCUUGCUUCGCCCCACUCCAGGCAGUGCUUCUAGCCGCUACCUCAACUCCGGCAACAUGCGCAAGUUGACAAUUGAUCGCAGCCUUCGUCAUGAGCUGUUCUCYCCCCCCACAGAUCAGAGACAGCCUGAGCAUCGGCAGCUUGAGGCGGCUCGUGAGAACGACGCUCCUGCUUUGGGCAAGAAGGUCAGCUUUGACGAGAACACUCGAGCAUCGGACGCCGAGCCGGCUGACACCAAUGCCUUGGUGCGAACGGAGGUGUCGGAAGAGAGCGAUUCUCCGAGCUCUUUGUUCCGAGCCAACGGCAAGACUUCCACCAACGGAGCUCCCGAAAUGGUACAAACCAAUGGUGGACCUCUUUCCACUGUGCACGAGGACGGUGAACAGCGGCGCCCAACUUCGGCUCCUGGCAUGCGGCCCACGGAGCCUGAUCUCACCAGAGAGAUCGAGAUUGGCGACUACUGGACCAAGCCUUCGAUCAAGGACCUGAAAAACAUGGGACGCGAGACCCUGAAGAAGUUGGAUGGUAUCGUGGUUGGUCGUACUGGUGUCGGCCGCAUUGAAUUCAGUGCAUGCGAUCUCAGCACCACUKACUUAGACGAGAUUUGUGGACACGACAAUGGCAAGGGCAUUGUGCACCUGAAGCCGCGGUCUGCGACAGUCUAUCCAAAUGAAGCUGCCAAGCCUGCCCGUGGCAAGGGCUUGAACGUCCCAAGCAAGAUUUUCCUCGAGAAUUCAUGGCCCAAGAGUCACGGUGGAAGAAAGGUCAUCAUGGCCAACAGCGGCCCAGCUUACGACAAGCACGUACGCCGCCUCAAGAAGACCGGAGGAACCAAAUUCCUCGAUUACGAUGCUGAGACCGGCACGUGGUCGUUCUCCGUUGAGCACUUCACCACAUACGAGCUCGAUGAUUCUGAUGACGACGAGACUACGAUGAACAUGGAAGAUGAGCAGAAUUCCAGUGGCUUAAGUGAUGCACCUGCCACUCCUGGCCAAGACGACGAUACCAUGCAGAGUAUCGAGACCGGCGGUACUGGCACCGGCGAAGUUGACGACACAUUCGAGUUCAAGAUCAACCAGCGUUCAAUCUCCAGUGCCACGGGCACGCACAUACCCGGCGGCUUCGACGAGUCCCACAUCUCUUAUGACUAUGACGAUCCAAGUGCGGACGAGGAUAGCAAUGGAGAUUUUGUGAUGUCCGGCGGCCUUGGUAACGCAGAGGAGGAUCCAUUUGCGUCACCUGGUGGAGCUGUGCAGCCGCCAUCUCCUCAAGCCUAUGAGCGCUUUCAAUCCAGUAUGCUUGAUGAACACGCCGGCGCUGUCCAAAUUACUGAGGGAUUGCAGAACGAAUCAGAAACUGAGCUUCCCGGCUCUUUCAUGCCUGAAGAGCCGAAACUUCUCAGAUCAAUCCUCAAGCCUACUGCUCGUGCUUCUGCAUUUGCCUCGCCUCAGAAAAUUGCGACAGAGACUUGGGAAGAUCAACUCCAGCGAACCAUGAGCCCGAAGAAACGCGACCGCCAGUACCUCCGAGAAAUUCAAAAGAGCGCCCAGGCGCUCAACGAGCCGCAGGAAGAUUCCAGCGCCACCCCGUUCAAGCGAAGCAUGCUUGGUCGAAGUGCACUUGGUCAGAGCUAUCUUGCUCAGAAGAGUGCAAAGAAAGUCGGAUUUGGCGCCAGUACAAUGCAGAUCGCACCGGCAGACAUGGGCAAGAGUCAGGCUUUUCGCACCUCGAUGGACAUUAUGAACUCGCUGUGGUCACAGGAGAAGAGCGGCAAAAACGGCUUUGCUGCUGAGAGAUCGUUCGAGAAACCUUAUCUCAAGAAGCAACAGCCUUCAACCGCCGGUGACAUGUCCUCUGAGGACGCUGCUUUUCACGACACCAUGAAGCCUUCCUUCGCCAACAGCGGCAUUCUUGUCUACUCGGUCGACGGUUCGACGCAGCAGGUCUCGGAGCCUCUCACUACGGCACUGCAGCCCUUGGUCAGCGAGCACAAAGAAGUUCGAUUCGCGAAAUGGGUGCCUGGAGCGGACAUUAACACACAAACUCUGACUGGGCAGAAGGACAUGACAGUUGUCGAUCCGGCCAGUGGCUUUCCUCGUGCCAACACAUCUGCUGCAGCCAGCUUCGUUGAUUAUGCUCACAUCUCAAGCGACAGCCGUGAGCAAGCCAUCUGGAAUCUCGCUGGCCACUUGUUCGAUCCCGUGGAGCGGCUCCUGUCUUUGGAUGAUAUGACCGAGGAUCUCAUUGCACAAUUUGAGCCUCGCUUGCGCAAGGACGCCUUCUCUACUUUGUGGUCUUCAUUUGUCCAGGCUGGUCUUGAUGAGYAACUUGCGCUCGCGAGAACCCCGGAAGAGCAGGCAUUACUAUACUUGACCAAGAACGAUGUUCCUGCUGCCUGCGAUGCGCUGGUGGCCGGCAAGGACUUCAAACUCGCGACACUUAUUGCACAGCUUCCUGGCAAUGAGCAGRGUCGUCAAUUGAUGCAAGAGCAGAUCACUGCGUGGCGAGACCGAAACGACUGGGCUGAGUUCUCCGAUGAGACGCGCGCUCUUUACUCUAUCCUUGCAGGUGAGGUGUGUGUUGUUGCCGGAAAGAAGGGCACAGCUGAGAACCGCGCCAAGGAGUUCUGCAUUGCGGAACGCUUUGGUCUGACCUGGCUGCAGAGCCUGGGACUGCGAAUUUUCUUCGGUGGUCACGAGCAGCUAGGAGAUGCAGUGAAGGCGUACUCUGCUGCAUUGGCUGACGGGAUUGAGCUUGUGCUACCUGUGCCAUCUUGGGCAGUUAACGGGGACGCAAAUGGCAGAGAAGAUGCGCUCAUGGGCCUCCUCCGUCUCUCGACGUCCCGCUCUGUCGACUUCGACCCAUCUUCAGUCUUCGAUCCAAAGACUGUCUCUGGCAGCGCAGUCAACUCCCGUCUCGCUUGGCAACUCGCCACACAGCUCCGCGCAAAGGGUCUUUGCUCUGCCCUCCCAGACGAGAAGCUCGAUCAACUCACUUUCGGCUUCGCCACCGAGCUUGAAUCCGCCGGGCAGUUCAUGACUGCAACUUGGGUAUUGCUCCACCUCCGCUAUGCCGACACUCGCACCAGAGCAGUCACCGCUCUGCUCUACCGCAAUGGCGGAAACAUUCCCGAAGCAGGUGCCACUCCCGCGGGAACUGUCGACGCAUUCGACGUUCUCAACCGCGAGAAUCUCGUUCCAGCCGAACUUCUCUGGUCCGCCAAGGCACAACACGCCCGCGCUGAACUAGACAAUCCCUGGCUGCAAUGUCAAUAUCUCCUCCAAGCGGGUGCCGUGGACGCGGCUCACGGCGUUGUAUGCGAGACUUUGGGCCCCAAAGCCAUCAUCGAAGAAGACUAUGGUCAGCUGAAAGCUCUCCUCGAGACAUUCUCCGAAGAACCAGCAGGAUGGGCUCAAGGAGGCGGCGUCUUUGCCGAUUUUGCAAGAUUGAUCACUAUGAAUAUUGGCAAGCGAUAUGCUCGUGAGGGAGCGGGGAUUAUGGCUCGAUUGAGUGUUGGAUUGGAAGGAAUGAGGGAUGUGGAGAGAGUCAUGGGGCUUGAGGAGAGGGUUGCGAUGGUGGAGAUGGGGAGGGUAUUGAAGAGGGAAAUUGAAGAGUUGGCUAUUAGGCCCGGGGGAUUCGAGGUUGGUAGUGUGGAUGUUGAGAUGAGGGAUGGGGUUGCGGAGGUGGGGAUUGGCGCGUUCGAGAGAUAUAAGCAGGUGAUGGGCGUUGUUGGCUGA